CACGAAAUUCGGUAAAAAAAAUUGCUAUUUCAAAUUUCCUUCGCCUUCUCCGUUUCAAUGUACGCAACAUUGAUUCCAAGUUUUAAUGAAAUCGUAUUAUUUUUAAUCUCUAUUUCAAAAGAACAACAACACGUAUUAAAUCUAACCACAUCAGAGAGUAGACUCGGGAGACUGAGCAGAGGAUCUGCAAGUGAUUACAAUAUUUUAUGUAGACCAUGGCAGAUGUUACAAACGUAUUUAAAGCCACAGUUAAAGCCAUAAAAUCUCGAAACAAAGCCUUUAAUGAAAGCUACACAGAAGAAUCAACAUCUAAUAAUAUCCUUGGACUUGGUAAAAAGCAUGGUGGUAGCGAUUUUGAAACCAAAGCGAAAAUUUUGGUAAGUCAGUGUAUGAGUUUAUGUGACUCAUUGUGGCUUCUUAAAUAAGUCAGUACUGUCAUUUCGUCAACUUUGCGACGUACUAAGGCCCAGGUAGGCCUAGCCUUCAACAUGUAUUAAAAUUAAUAUGUCUACAGCUAUACUUGCAGUCAGUUCGUCUUGGUAGUAAUUAAGUUAAAGUGAUUAAAGUAACGUACUGAGAGUGACUAAGACUACUGACACUGAAUAUGUGAUUAAAGGAUAAGAGGGUAAACCCUAAAACCAGGAUAAGCGAUACUGAUUCCCCAAUAUUCAAAUGUUGCACACUCUGCAAGGAAACCUGAAUUUAUCAUCUGACUGCUGCCAUGAAAAGCCAACCAUCCCUAGAAAGUUACAUCAAAUCAACCAGUGAAACACUUUCUAGUGUCAUUGUGUACUUUACUUAAACACUAAUGUCAAAGAUAGGACCAAAACAAAUAUAGACAAUAAAGGCAGGGGGAAGUGUAUGAUAGCUGUCACGAGCUAAAUAAUGCUGCCAUCCCGGCGAAAAACAUAUCUCACUCCACAGAAGCCAAGUCCAUUAAUGAGAGCCAAACGCUCACUGAUUUCACCACUGACAACCCCAUAAACAAUUACAGCCAGAACAAUAGCAAAUGCUUCACUGUGCCUCGGUGUAACACAGUGCAGUAUAAACAAUCAUUCUUCCCACACACAAUAAUCGCUUGAAACCACCUGGACAAUGCCGCUGUGGACUCGACAUCGGCCGAAAGCUUCAAGGCUGCCCUGGCAUCUGCUAGGAGCUUUUAGAAUAGCAACAUCGCUUCCCCAAUCGUUGCACAGAUGCCAGUAUAUGGAUGCAGCAACGAACACUACCAGAACCAGAGAGCCUGCAUACAAAACUAGUUCUCUAGUGAAUUGUUCUCUUAUAGUCACAUGCAUUAUUUUGCCCUCAUUAAAUAUUCAGAACGUUAAAAGCUUAAACAUGUUGUUGUUGCUUUUUUGCCAUAAAAAUUUCAAAUAAUAUGAAUUGUACAACUCAAAGUAAUAACAUAAAUUUAUCAUCAUUAUAACUUCACUAUCUAUAAUUUAAUGUUAAAAUUUGCAAAUUGUGAUAUUUCUUGUUUAGAAAUGCGCAGUUACCCUUUGUUUUUAAGUUUGAUUAAUAUUAACAUAAUACAGCUUGUAAGUAUUAGUUAUUUCACAUGACCCAAAUUAAGACUCAUCAAUGUAUUGAUGCCUCUUUUAAGCUCAUGAAAUCUUAUUACUUAUGUGUUGAGUGCAUAAACAUGUAUGUUUACGUUUUAAAGACACAAAAAUAACUAUUACAUGAGAAAUUAUAACUUUUGAAGUAUUUUUUCUCUCCAAAAUUCAUUGAAUUUGUUUUUGUUUAUUUUUAGUAUCAGAUUUCAAAUAAAGCAUCAUUGACAUAGCGAGAACAUGUUGAUUGUUUUGUACAAAGAUAACAAAUCUGUUCUCUGCAACAAAUGUUUGGAGAAUUCUGAGUGCUCAUAACUUUUAAUGCUGUAACCUUAUUAGUUUGUUUCAAGCCUGAUUUUAAAGAAUUAAAAUUAGAUCUCAUAACCAAUGUUUCCUUUAAGCUGCGUAGCCGCGUAGCUAUCUCACAGAAGCUGCGCAGCAGUUUUGAGUAUACGCACAGAAAAUUUUUAUAAAAAUAUAUUCGAACAGAUACGCUGCACGCCGCAGCCGUAAUUAUAGAGUUCUUAUAACAUAUACGUCUAUGUUUUUAAUUUGAUUGAGAUUUAUAUUUUUUUCUUCUACUUUUUACUUAGAACUAUUGAUUUACAUACCUACCGAUACAUACCGGAUCAAGCUAGUUUUUUUUUGCACUUAAUUUCUUUUAUGUAAUUUCCGUGUAUUUGUGGGUUGUAAAAUUUUGCACACAACUAUGAUUUUGCCCAUGAACCAGCAACCCUUAGAGGAAACAUUACUCAUAACUAGAAUAGAUCUUUAGAUCUUUAAAGAUCUAUAUUAUCAUGGAAAAUUGAAAAGAAAAAAAAAGAAAAUCACAUUUUAAUAGCAAGUGAUGUUUAUUUAAUCUGGAAAACAUGAUCAAAAGACUAAUUGAAGAUGUCUUAAUUCUAAAUAAGCGGUUGUUGCUUUUUUUAUUUUAAUUUUUUUCCUACAUUUUAAUUUUAAAAAUAUCUCCUUCAAAACUUUUGUGUAACAAUUCUACUAAUACCAACAGAAAAAGCCCUUUUUAUACUUUGGAGCCCUGAUUUUAAGUUGGCUCAACUGAGUGUAGGGGCUUAUGGAGAGUGAAGACUGCAGUAAACAUUUUUAAGUGUUUCCAUGUUUCUUGGUAGUGUGUGUUGUGGUUAGAAUGCGACUGACAAAGGUAUAAACUGAUUAAAAUAUUCAGUUUUUACCCCAAAAAAAGUAUGGCUAAUGUUUCUUGUAUAAUUUUAAAAACAAAAUUAAAUAUUUUGAAAGAGAUCUAAAUUCAUACCAGUUUUAAGAUAUUGUCAGUUAUGCACUGGAGUUUCAACUUUUUAUUUGGCAUAAAUACUUUUAUGCUUCACAGGUCCAUAUGAUCACUAAAUUAAGAGACUUCUUAUUAGAAAACAGGAAAAAUUAUGUUAAUGCUGGAAGGUUUGUAGAUUUUAUACAAUUUUUUAAUAUACAAGAUAAUUUAUUUUUAAAAAAAGAAUACCAGUAGCUUCAAUUAAUUUUUAAAAAUAUAUUCUGUCAUUUCACUAUUUCAAAUGAGACUGCACAUAAAUUUGUAAAUUUGAUAUAAUUUCUAGAUCUUGUGACCAAAUUUAUUGAAACAAAACUUAAAAUUUAUUGAAACAAAACUUAAUUAUAGACCUUUUUUUUUUUGGUUCUAGUUUACUGUCAAAUAAAGGACAAGACAUGUCUGAGUCAGAAAGAGAUCAGAUUGACAGCAAUGCCCAAGAAAUUAUUAAAAAGUGUAAAGAAAUGAUAAUUUUAUUUAGAGUUGAAACUGAUGGUCAUAAAGCUCAUCCACAAGUCAAGGAGCACCGAAAUGCUGUGAUGAUUUUGAUUGAAGCUUACCUUAAGAGUAGGUUAUACUUUUGCACCUCCAUUUUAAUUUUCAUGCUGAUUGACAUUCAUGUUUUAUUUCCUUUGGGACAUUUUUUAAAAAACAAAUAUUUUUUAAGUGCUCUAUUUAAAAUGUCUUUCUACUUUGAAAAUUGUUUGUGGUUAUAUUUUGUUAGUAUCCGAUAGCUCUAAUCUGAAGAUAUAUCACUUAAAAUGUAUUAAAUACACUUUUGGAAGUAUAUAUACAUUUAUUCAGAUAAAUAUACAGAUAUAUUAAUGCAUACAUAAAAAUUUUUAGGAUAUGGUAUUCAAGUCAUGUAUCAUUAUUUUUUCUUUUCUUGGAAAUAAUUAUAUAAUAUUUAUCUAAUAAUUAUAUCUACAGGUAGAUAUGAUAUAUUUCAUUUCAUAUAGAAUAUAAUUUUUAUAUAAAAAUUAGGAUUUUAUAGAUAUCUAUCCACCUUUCAGCAAUCUGUAAAAUUUACAGUGAACAGAAGGCUGUGAGGGUUAAAAGAGUUGUUGAUAGAAAUAGAAUGUAAGUAAUAUUAAAAUUACAUCCUAAUUUUCUUUAAGUGCCUUAUAAGAUUUGAUAUAUUACAAUCAAGUACAUUAGUCAUUAUUAGUAUGACAUUGCUAUGAUCAAAUAAAGGACAUUACACUGCAAUUAUUUUUUUUUAUACCUCAGAUCAAAACUUGAACCUGAAAGGAAGCAUGGUAAUUUGACCCGCAGUCAGCUAAAAAGAGACUUAAAAAUAGAUGGAAAGGAGGAUAAAGUGUCAUCAGGUAUUUCAUUUUAAAUAUUUAGUAGUUUAGUUCAGGGGUCUCCAAACUAUUCAGCCUGAGGGCCGCAUUAACUAUAAAACGGCAGUUCGGGGGCCAACUACACACUCGAGGUCCAAAUAAAAAAAUAAUCAAAACAUGGAUGUUGUUUUUAUUUAUUUAUUUAAUGUAUUUUUUUAUUCAUUUAUUAUCAAAAACACAUUGAUUCACUUUACAUGAACACCCGUAUCAGGUAUCAGUGGGAAUGGUGAAAUUGUUUCCAGGGUGCAAAACUAGCAGACAUUUCUGGCUUUAGAUUUCAUGUCCCUAUGAUCAACACUGACCUGAGAUUAUCAUCGAACAAGUUUGUUCUCAAAUUGUUCUUCACCUAUUUUAUUCUUGAAAAUGUUUGUUUACCAGGUCUUUUGUUCCAAAGAUUGAAAGGUACCUUGAUGCAAAAGUUUGACAUUAGGAAAGUCUACCUGGGGCAAAAACUGGUAAAAACCCACCAGUCCGUCUUUGAACUUGUCCCUUAAGAGGUCAUUUGCUUGCAACUCAAUGACCUCCAGCUGCAGUUCAUCUGGGCACAUCUGCUUCAAAUGGAUUUUGAAAUAGUCUCACCUCUUCUGCCUUUGAAUCCAAGUAAAAAAAACGCUGCUGAAACUGCAGCUGGGGGUUUUUGAUGAUCUCGCAUGCAAAUGUUGUGCGGAACUCCGCUGUUGCUUCAGCCUUACACUGCUGAAAGUGCGUCAAGUUGUUGGCCUGUACUUGUUCAAAAAAAAAAACUGGUUUGGAUCUGAAGGCCUUUAGGUGGGUGUAUAGAUCAGAAACUAGAUUUUCCUCGUAGUUUUAGGUUCAGAAAAUUUAAAUGACUAGUUAUGUCUGCCGCAAAUACCAAUUUCCAUACCCACUCUUCAUCAGACAGUAAUGGCUGCGGCUUGCCUUUACUUUCCAGGAAGUCACCUAUUUCCUUUCUUAACUUAAAAACUCUGCUCAGAACUUUCUCACAACUUAGACAUCUUACUGCUGUGUAAUAUGGUAAAUCUUGUGAUUCUGUGUCUGUAUCGUUCAACACAUCUUUGAACUGUUUAUGGUUGAGCCCAUGUGACUUUAUUAAAAUCACCAUCUUCACCACAGGAUUCAGUACACAGCUAAUGUCCACUCCACAUAUUUAGCACACAAAGCUUGCUGGUGAAUAAUACAGUGCAGGAACAUUGGUUGUAGAAUGUUUUUCUCAUUACACAUCUGCUUCACUUGUCCAACCAAGACUUUCUUUAUGCCACUCACGUUCUUUCCUCCAUCAACAGUCAGGCAACUGAGGUUAGUCCAGUCCAAAUUAUAAUCAGCAAAUGUUUUUUUCAACUCAUUGAAUAUAUCCUCUCCUGUAACAGUGCCAUACAUACUGUGUAGGGAAGCCAGCUCUUGUGUUAUGUUCAUGUAUUCAUUCACACCUCUAAUGAACACAAGCAUUUGAGAGGUGGAACAGCUGUCCAGCGAUUCAUCCAUUGCAAUUGAACAAUAGUGAAACUUGCUUUAAUUUAUCAUUAUUUGUGUCACAAUGUUUUCACUCAUGUCUGCAACACGGCGGACAAUGGUAUUUGCACCCAAAGCUACAUUUUCAAAUUGUUUUGACUUUUCUGUGCAAAAUUCCUCAACCACCACUAACAAACAUUAAUCCACCUUCUGUAAACAGUCUGCCACUUUUAGCCAGGACAUAGGCAACUUUUUAACUGGCCUUAUUUAAGGAUUCAUUUUCAUUUGAGGAUUUACUGAACAAUGUCCUCUGAGAUGUGAGUUGAUUUUGUAAUUUAGAAAAUAUUUCAGCACGGUAUUUACCCUCUAUGCAUAUUUAUCCUGAUGUUUGCUUUGAUGAUGCCGGCGUAGGUUGGAUUCUUUCUUCACUGCGACGGUUUUGUUGCAAAUCACACACAAUGCUUUCUCUCCGGAUUUGAUGAAGAAGUAUUUCAAACUCCAUUCUUCUUGAACUCGCAGACACUCAUCGUCUAUUUUUCUUCUCCUCUUCUUGGCCAUCGCUGGGCACUAAAAUAAAGUGAAUUCAACAUGAAUAAAUAGUGAAACUGAAAGUAUUUUGCACACAAUAUCGCUAAAAAAAACUGAUUAUGCAAACUAAUUUCGUCGCAAUUGUAGCAGCAAAUGACCCGAAACAAUUUUUUAAAAUUCUUAUGAUUUCUUAAGUUAAAUUUACCUGAAUUUAGUGUGCAAAUAUAUCCACUUAUGAUAGAGAGAUUGUUGUUUUUAAUGUUUCCUUUUCAGAAUAUUUGAAAAAUUCUUACUAAACUAACGACAUUCCCAAUAAUUUAAACACACUGUUAAGUAAUUACGAGAAGUAAAUUAUCACUAAAUAAAAUAGAGUGCAACAUGUUUCACAAUCAGAUGCUAACUGACACCAUCACCUCCUCAUCACAGCAGUCAACUGCAACUGGCAAACUCUGAUCAAAAUAAUAAAGUCUUGAACAAGCAGCAAACCAUUUAAAACUCCGCCACUAGAUGGCGUUGUAUCAUCUCAUUGUGAAGGGAAGUAGAAACACUAAGCAGUGAAAAAGGUUUUGCAAUGUAGUGAUCCGUUGGAAAACAUAAUGCACUACUGCGCGCCUCUAUUUUAAUUCGGUAAAAACAUUACUCCUCGGGCUGUAGUUUGGAGACCCCUGGUUUAGUUUAUCAUCACCAUUAUUAAAAUGUAUAUUUGUCUAAAUGUUAUUUAAACAGUUUGUUUCAGGGAAAUUUGUAGGUGUACCUUGUUUUAUGCAAUCUCACUUGAAACAUGCUUUAGUGCAAGGUUUCCCAACCUGUGGGGUUGCACCUUUUUGGGGGUGUUAGAUGCCAUUUCACGGGCUGUGAGAUACAGUGAUUAUUAGAACAUAAGAGCCAUUGACCUUUUAUAUAGUAUAGUAAAGGUUAUGAAACACUGCCGCCAUAGUGCAUUUUUAUGUGGAAUUCCAUAAAUUAAACAAAUGUAUCUCCACCAUCCUUUUUAAUGAUUCUGUCUAGAAUAUUUUAAUUGUCUGAACUCUCAUACCGAAUCACCUUAGAAUAAUACUUUUAUACAUGAAACACUGUUCCAGAAAGAUCUUAAAUCACAAUAAAAGUUAUCAUCUCAUAUAUAUUUCUAUAUUACAAGUUGUCAGACAUCAAUUCAAACCCCCAUGGCCAGCUCUCUCCCUCUAGCGAGGGAUUAGCAUACUUAAAAAAAGUGUCCACUUCUUUUGUUUACUUCACUUGACACACAUUUUAGCCUUAUUCAUACUCUGAUUAAAGCAAAAAUUCAUCUAAUUCCUUUGUAAAUUAUCUAGUCUUUCUAUUAUGCUUGUACCCAGUAUGAAAAUCACCUUGAUUUGUGUCACUCCUUAACAAGACAUUUUGCCAUUGAAUGUGUGUAGCUUGCAUUGAACUGUAUUGUCUCAUAAAAAGUAACAAACCAAAUCUCAGCCAUGUAAAAAUCAAACCCUUUAAAUUUCAUUUUGUGAUGUGAUUACCUCAGAAGAAGUUAGUUUCAUGAUGUAAAAUAUACCUGUAUUUUAUAGAUUUCUUCAGUAAAUCAAAAUAAAUAACUAAAAAGAAAUUUCUUAAUAAAUAUAGAUGUGCAUUCUUCAGAAAAAAGGCUUGUUGGUGAUGUCCCAAAGGAUCAUUUAUUUGAACAUCAUUCAUAUGAACCUGAGAGCGAGAUUUCCUCAGAAGAAGCUCAAAUGGUAAAAGGCAAUAUUUUUAACCAAUGUUAAAAUCUUUAUAAUAUUAAUUUAACAUUAUUUUCAAACUGUUAUUUAUUUUGUCAAAGAUACACUUACCUAACAAGUAAAAUCUAACAAAACUUUAUUUCAGUUUGAAGAAGAAAACAAGAUCCUGUAUGAAGAAAUGAACAGCAUGGUUGAAGAAGUGAAGUAUGUCAUUUAAAAACUAUAAAUGUUGAUUAUUGAUGUUAAAUAAUUUAUACAAUACUUGUUAUUUUCAGGGAUUUAUUAACUAUUAUUGAUUUUCAUGUAAAAUAUUUUAUGACAGUUUAACCAAAAAAAUAUGUUCUAAAUUUCUUAACAGACAAAUAGAAGGUCAAGUUGUGGAAAUAGCUAAACUUCAAGAAAUAUUUACGGAAAAGAUUUUAGAACAGGUAAUAAAAAAAAUUAUUAUUAAAGCUUAAAAUAUAUUGUUAUUUUACACAAAUUGUUCGUGUCUAAUUUAUCUAUUUUAAAGCUUUAUCGAAGUCCAACACUUUUAUAAUUAGUUAAUGAAAAAUUUUUUACAAUUUUAUUAUCAACCUUAGCUUGAAAUUUUAUUCAUAUUUCAUGAAGAUAGUUGAUGAAGAUAACACACUAUGCCCAUUUUUUUCAUAUGUACUCCAUUAAAAAUAAUUUUUUUAAUUAAAUGUUUUAAAUCUUAAUUCUUAUAUUAACAGUGGUCUACUCAAAAUUUUGUUGUCUUUUUUAAAUAUAUGCUUAUUUUGCAUCUCAUUAUCCAAAUGCUUUAUUUUUAUUAUAUAUUUUUCCAACAAGAUGUAUUUUAAUUGCAAGUGGUACAUCUUUCAUUUUUUCAUUAGUCUAACUUUAAUAAAUUAUUUUAAAAACUUGAAUAAUAUAAAAAUUACUUGAUUAGUCUUUGUAGAUAAGAUUAAACAUGCUGAACAAAUAUACAAUUUCCCUUUUCAGGAUGUUCAAAUUAAUACAAUAGCAAAUACAGUUGUCGGAACAACUGAGAAUAUUAAGGAUGCCAAUGAAGAAAUUAGAGAGGUACUUCAUUUAUUAUAAGUGCUAAUAAGUUCAAGUUGGUGUCUUUGUUUUUAAACCUUAUACUGGUACUACAAGAUUUGCUGGUUAUUAAUAUUAACUAAAAAUAUUUAUUUAUACAAUUUUAUGAGAUAAUUUUUUUUAUCUGAUAAAUUAUUUAAUCUUUUCUUGUUUAAAAUAACUAUUAUAUAAAAUAUUGAGUCAUUUUCUUAUUUUAAUAGUGUCCUAUUAUUCAAUUUUCAGGCCAUAAAGAAAAAGGCUGAAUUCCGAGUGUACAUCCUGUUUUUUCUGCUUGUUUGCUCUCUCUCUUUACUGUUUUUAGAUUGGUAUAAUAAUUAAUAUUAAUUAACUUUAAAAAUUAUAUUUGCUGUUGUUUCACAUGAAAAAUUUUUUUAGUUGCAUUAUUUUAAAAAUCACUUGUGUUUAAAAUCUUGACUUUUCUUAUCAAGAUGUAACACGUUGAGGAAUAUAGUGAGGCUAAGAAAAAUAAUAAUUUUACAAAAAUAGCAAUUAUUUAGAAUAUGAAAGGCUGAAAUUUUCGGAAGUAUAACUCCACUGAGUUUAGAAUAUAUAAAAAAUGUUGAAUACAUUUUGCACAUAAAAAUAUGUUCAACACUGCCCUUGAUUAAAAUGAUGUAAUGGUUUUCAAAAAUUUAAGACUUACUAAUUCACUUCCCCCAAAGAUCCCACUUUAUUUCCUUUUUAUUUUAAAUAUUCUUACCAAAUGUUUUAUUUAAUCUGCCAUAAAACUUGUUAUUUAUUAAAGGGCUAAAAGUUUAAAGUAUCAUAACAUGAAUCUUGGGGCCAUAGAGGAGAUAAUUUUUAAAGGGGCUUAAUAAUAAGGGAAAGUAAGAAUAUUCAUUUUUGAAAUUUGCAUUUAGAAUUUUUUUCUUUUUUUUAUAAAUUUGCUGAACAUUCAGAAUGGUCUAAAUCAUGAUAAGAAAAUGAAAUAAUUUUUUUUUUAAAUUUUAUAAAAAUGCAUUUGAUAUCUAUCCUGAAUUAAAAGUCAUAUAAUAUAUUAAAUGACAUAUUCUAUAUUCAAAGACGUAUUCUAUAACUAUAAGUCAACUUUCUUAGUCAAUAAAUUGGAAACAGAUUAUUACAGGUAAAUUGUAAAUAGUCAAAAAUAUCAUGAUAUAGAAUAUAGCAUAAGGUUUUCCUAUUCAAUGAUUCCAGCAUUACACCAUUUUUAUUUAUUUUUUUUAUUCUAUUCUUUAUUAAAAAAUAAUGUCUUUGCUCUAGUCAUUCUAAUACAAAUAUGGAAAUUUAACCUAAAAUAAAAAUGUGUUGUUUUAAAAUAUUUUUUGUUAAGCACCUAAAACAGCUUGGUUGGGAUAUUAAUCAAUCUAUUUAUUAAAUAAAUAAUUCAGAGUUAACUAAACUGGAUCUACCCUAUAUUCACUAAAGUACAAGUUAAGAGCUCUACUUGUUAACUACACCCAGAUAUAUUUGAUUUUAGAUAUCAUCUUCUACACCCAGAUGUAUUUGGUAUUAAUGUUAGUAAUAUUUGGAAUGAGAGUUUACUGUGUAAUCAAUAGGAACAAUAAAUGUGUGCUGGUGCGCUUUCAAAAAAAAAAAAAAUGUUGAUAAUUUAAGAAAUUUCAAUAUACUACAUACACAACUUAUGUCCAAAGUUCUAUCAUAUUUAUAGUUUGACUAAUAGUUAUAAAGGUAGGAAUAAAUUGUAUUUAUUCCAGCAAAGUCCUACAGGAAAAUAUAUGUGAGAAAAUCCCAUUCAUACACCUGAGGUGCUAUCAGGGGAUGCAAGGAAGUGCGAUUAUAAAAACAAAAGAGCCAAUGAGUUUUAAGUCAGGAAAUAGAUGGAUACAUAUUAUGUAUAUUUAUUUUUUGUUUGUUAUUUAUUUAUGAACAUUUUACUUUAUGCAGUAAAUGCUUAAUUUCCCUCAAAAGUUGUUCCUGUGUCUUUGUAAUUCAAUAAAAUCCAUUUUGUUUUAAUAAUG